GCAAUGGGAAUGGGAGGAGGAGCAAUGGGAAUGGGAGGAGGAGCAAUGGGAGGUGGCGGCGGCGGCGGUGCUGCCGGUGCCGGCGGCGUCGUUGGGCCGCCGGUGUCGGAGACCCGCAGCUGCCUGAUCUGCGAGGACCGGGCGACGGGCCUCCACUAUGGCAUCGUGUCGUGCGAGGGCUGCAAGGGCUUCUUCAAGCGCAGCAUCUGCAACAAGCGCGUCUACCGCUGCGCUCGCGGGCGCGCCUGCGUCAUGUCGCGCAAGCAGCGCAACCGCUGCCAGUACUGCCGCCUCCUCAAGUGCCUGCAGAUGGGCAUGAACCGCAAGGCGAUCCGGGAGGACGGCAUGCCGGGAGGACGCAACAAAACCAUCGGCCCCGUCGCGAUCUCGGAGGAGGAGAUUGAGCGCAUCAUGUCCGGCCAGGAGUUUGAGGAGGAGACCAACAGCUCCGGCAGUAACCACGGCGACAGCGACCUGAGCUCGCCCAGCAACGGAACGUCGGACAACCGCCCCUCCCCCGCCUCGACGCCCAGGUCCUCCUCGGAGCUCAACGGCAAUGGCCACGGCCUCCCUCCGGCCUCCACCACCACCUCCUCCUCCACCUCCUCCUUCUCCCCCUUCUCAUCCCAGCUGCCCCCCCCUCCUCCCCCCCCACCCCCUCCCCCUCUCCCCCCGCCUCCGCCGCCGCCACCCCCCCCUCCCCCACAACCCAGCGUGGUCAUGAUGUCGUCGGGGUCGUCGGGGUCAUCGGGGUCGGCGGGGUCGUCGCAUCACGGCCCUUUCCCCGUGUCGCCCUCGCCCGUGUACGCUCACCAGUACCCUCACCACCACCCUCACCCUCACCACCACCCUCAACACCCUCACCACCCUCACCACCUGCUACUCAUGCAGCAGCAACAGCAGCAGCAGCAACAGCAGCAGCAGCAGCAGCAGUACGGGUCCAUGAUGUCCGGCCACACCCCGGUCAUCCUCCCCACUGCCUUCGCGGUCCCCAACUCUGGGGGCGGAGCCUCCGUCGGUGCGGGCGGGGCCUCGGCGGGUGCGGGCGGGGCCUCGGCGGGGAUGGGCGGGGCCUCGGUGGGUGCGGGCGGGGCCUCCGCGGGGACGGGCGGAGCCGCGGGGGGAGCCGAGCUGCUAUUGGUGGAGCUGGUUCACGCGGAGGAGCUGGUGGGGCCCCUUGGGGGCGGGGCGACGGUGGCAGGGGGAGGAGCCGGAGCCCAGGCAAGGGUGGGCAGCAGCGGCGGCGUAGCGGUGACCCACGUGGAGCUGCUGGCAUCGCUGUGCCGACUGGCGGACGACUUCCUGUGCCGCCUGGUGGCGUGGGUGCGCCGACUGCCGCUCUUCCCCGAGCUACCGGUGCCGGACCACACGCGGCUGCUGGCCAACACCUGGCCGGAGCUGGUGCUGCUGUCGGCCCUCACCGUGCACUCCAGGCAGGUGUUCGGGGAGGUGGGGCAACUGACGUCACGCUACACUCCACAGCAGAGCACCAUCAACAGCUUCCCCGAGGAGGGCAUGGAGGUGGUGGAGAAGAUGAUCUUCCUGUUCCGCAGGAUGCAGCUCCUGCACGUCACUCGUGAGGAGUUCGCCUUCCUCAAGGUCAUCAGCUACCUCAACCAGGACACUGUCGGCAUCUCUGACCCUGCCACGCUCGAGAGGCUGAGCCGCUGCUAUUGGUUCGCCUGCCAGGAGUUUGUCCAGGGCCAGCAUUCACCCGCCACCUCCUCCUCGCCCACCACCUCCUCCUCCUCCUCCUCCUCCACCACCACCUCCACCACCACCACCUCCUCCUCCUCUUCGGCCGCGUACGGAGGGAGCUCUGGCGCCGGGUGUCCCACUCCGGGACACGUCGGUCCGGGCGGGGGCCAGUUCGUGUCCGCCGGCACCGGCACCGGCACCGCCGCCGGCACCGCCUCAUCAUCGUCGUCUGCGGCGUCCGCAGCUGUGGCCAGGUUCCCGGAGCUCCUUGUGUGCCUCCCGCAGCUGCGAUACGUCGCAGGCAAGCUGAUGGCGAUGCCCUCUGAGUACCUGCCACUGCUGCUCAAGGCCGUGCUGCACUCCUGCCGGGUGAAGCCCGAGUGAGGAACCUCCACCGCCACCCUCGCCGCCACCCUCGCCACCACCCUCGCCACCACCCUCGCCACCACCACCCUCGCCAC